CAUACUAGAGAUUCCGAGGGUGAAGUUCCCAGUCGGAAAGGAUGACAUAUAUCUCAAAGUCGUUACCGGAAGCUCGGGAGACUACUCAACAGUACUCAUGAAGCCGGAAGAGGCGGAAGAUCGUAUAUAAAGCGAAUGAAACAAUGCUAGAUCUUCAAUGUUAAUCUUUACGAUCAACCGAAACCGAAUUCAUAACCUCAAUCAGAUAUCGUCCAGCACCCAAGUCUAGCUACAACUCACAACUUCCUUCGCGCAUCAUCACAAUGUCCACCUAUCAAACAGUCCAGACUCAAUAUGUCGCUGUUGACAACACCCGGGUCGCUUACCGUCGACUUGGGGUAAAGAAUAAGAUUCCCUUGCUUUACGUCAAUCACCUUCGCGGCUCAAUGGACACUCUCGACCCCCUUCUCUUCAAUACGAUUGCGAGAACCAGAGAGGUUAUCGUGUACGACAGUUUCGGUAUCGGGCAUAGCGAGGGCGAAGUGCCCCCUUCCACUGAAGUCAUGGCUUCAAUUGCGGCCAAGUUUCUGUCUGCCCUUGGUGUUACCAAGGCUGAUGUGAUUGGAUUUUCUAUGGGAGGCGGCGUAGCUCAAAUUUUGGCAUGGAACUACCCUCAGCUGGUCCACAAGUUGAUUCUGGCUGGGACCCAACCAGGUGUCGGAGAAGGAGUUGUCCUGCCACCCCGCGAGGUCCUUGAAAGCGCCGGUACAGCCAAUGACGAGCCACCCACCAAGGAGGACAUGUUCCGUCUCUUCUACUACCCGUCGGAGACAAGCCUGGCACUUGGUGAAGCGUGGUGGAAGCGGAUCCACGAGCGAAACGUCGACGGCGAGGAGCGUAGAGAGUAUCUGAUUGGACCCGGGGCAAGGGCACAGCUCAACGCAAUCUUCUCAUUCACGGUCGACACGGACAACUUUGAGCGCGUGAAGAGUAUCAAAGCUCCAACUUUAGUCACCAACGGCCACACUGACAUCAUGUCACCAACUUCCAACAGCUUUACUCUUCAACAAAACUUGUCGAAUGCUCAACUCAUUAUCUAUCCUGAUGCUGGCCACGGUCAUCUCUUCCAGUACCCAGAACUCUAUACGCGUCACCUCAACCUCUUCCUUGACAGCACUGAGUAGUCAGACUUUCUUAAGUAGCCUCAUUAUGGAGAAUGUGAUCCCAGUUGAGCAACAUUAGCAUGAUUGAACAUUGCAAGAACGUGAAAGCUUGGAGUUGCAGCAUACUUGAGUUGAGCGCCACACGCGCUGCUGAUCACUACCAUACGAUGCGGCUCGCCACGAGCCGAUGGCCCGUCUCAUACGAGUUGUAAAUACAUCAUACGACCUCACACAUUGGUUCCAGACUGGCUAAUCCGGAAACUGUCCAGGUGCAAAGAUACAUAGUGGGAGUGCCGCAUAGAAAAUAGACAUCCACCUUGAC